ACCUGGCAACAGCGAGGUAUGCCCGGCUUACUAUAAAAGGGGCUGUUCGCCCCCUCCUCUCCCUUACUCUUUGCCCCCUUCCCCCUCCGCCCUCUCUCUUCACGCGUUCCUGGCCGGCCUCUCUCCCUUCUCCUCAUUCUCUACUCCCUUUCCUACUCCACUUCCCAUGCCUCCUCCUCCUGUUCUUCUUCUUUAUAAAACAGAACAACCACUGACCUUACUUUCUUGUACAAGGCAUUCCAAACUGGUAUUUCUAGAACUGGCUUUUUCAUCCGCCCAUUAUUUUUGCGACACGGUCCCAUGUAUCCCAAGCCUGCUUCGAAAACGACAUUGAAGUUCUGACCCAUCACCCGAAUGAAUGCUAUGAUUAGCUGGCGGGUACGCACAUAUUUAUUCCCACGUCUUCACGCGGGCGAGGCGAGCUCGCCCAUCCACCGAGCUGCCUUCCCUCCUCUUCCAGCGCUAGGAAACCCUACGGAAAGACCAGACGCCCUCCCCUUCCUGUCCCGGGGCGGAACUUACCAGCCGGGCGCCUGGGCCGGAGAGCAGCGCUGCACACCAGCCUUUUCCGGCUGGAACCGGAAGUUGUUCUACUAGAGGCGGCUCCGCGUCAGGUGACCAAGUUCCCGGUAGGAGGGGUCGGAGGUUCAAUCUUUCUGACUGACGCGUCUCUAAGACUGGCUCGGCUACUCCGGGACGGGGGAACGGACAGCUGGCGUCGCUGGCGCUCGCUCUACCGCGGCGGCAGGCUCCUCCUACGCUGACUUUUGGCUCAGUGACUUCAACACCUGCCUGUUGUGCUGUAUGUGUAUCCUCCUCUGCCCUCACAUGUUCUGCAGACCUAUCAAUCAACGCCAAGCAGACUGGGAUUGUCUUGAGAAUCUUCCCUGGAAGCUUUGCUGGCAAGCAGCCAUGGCAAGUAAAGGGCCUUCGGCCUCUGCAUCCACUGAGAAUUCCAAUGCAGGGGGGCCCAGUGGCAGCAGCAAUGGCACUGGUGAGAGUGGAGGGCAGGACAGCACCUUUGAGUGCAACAUAUGCCUGGACACAGCCAAGGAUGCUGUCAUCAGCCUGUGUGGCCACCUCUUCUGUUGGCCGUGUUUACAUCAGUGGUUGGAGACUAGGCCUAACAGACAAGUGUGUCCAGUCUGCAAAGCUGGCAUCAGCCGAGACAAAGUCAUCCCCCUCUAUGGCAGAGGCAGCACUGGACAGCAGGAUCCCAGAGAGAAGACUCCUCCUCGUCCUCAAGGCCAGAGGCCAGAGCCAGAAAAUAGAGGGGGAUUUCAAGGAUUUGGAUUUGGAGAUGGUGGCUUUCAGAUGUCUUUUGGAAUUGGAGCAUUUCCAUUUGGGAUAUUUGCCACAGCAUUUAACAUAAAUGAUGGACGGCCUCCUCCAGCUGUCCCUGGGACACCCCAGUAUGUGGAUGAGCAGUUCCUGUCACGCCUCUUCCUGUUUGUCGCCCUGGUGAUCAUGUUCUGGCUCCUGAUCGCCUAAUACAGGACCCUGUUAACAUCUACAGCAGCGCCUCUGGACUGGUGAUAUGCCGCACCCACUCCUGUGUUUGAUUUGUUUAAUCCUGACCCAGGGAUCAAGGGUCAGAGACACACCAAGGAGUUGGAACUCAAAACCAAAGGAACCCCCAAUUUCACCACUGCUGUAAACACUCUUGUAUAACCUCAGGUCUUGUGCUGAAUCUCCUCUCAUGGGUGGCAGUGUGAAGUCCUGCUCCAGCCUUCUCAGCAGGUCCCAGCUCUACACAGGGAAGAGAUGGGAAGAAAGAAACAGUUUCUUUAACAAGAACUUUAAAUUACAAAAAUGAAGGGAUGAACCAAAUGGUAUUUACAGAAACUUACUUUCAUCUUUUUACAUACUCCUUGGUAAGUGGCCUCCACUCCCUAUCCUGAGAGACUCCCUUCCACAUCCCAGUACUGCUCCUCCCACCUCCCGCUUCCUCAGCAAAGACAUAAGAAGGUCGGUCGGUUGCAGCAGCAGAAACUGAAAAUGCUGAUGACCUUACCAGAGACUCUGGUUUUUGAUUGGCUCUGGGCCUUGUUCAGUGUCUUGACCCUAGAAAGCAGCUUAGAUGACCUGCUGGCUUCCUGGUAUAGAUUGUCCCUGAUGUCACUGGGCUCAAAUUUCCCAUCAGCCUUCUCUAGACUUCUGCUGAAUUCAAGACUGACUGUUAUGCUUUAGGGCUGAUACAAGAAUAACAGGACAGGUUGCCCUGCCCUAGGCUACAGAAGCCUGAGUCAUUCUCUCACAGAACUUGCCCAGAGAAACUGGAGGCUUUCUCAGGUCAGCCCAGCUGCAUGUAGAACACUACUACCCUCAGAAGCCAUUGUCCUUUUUAAAAAAGGUUACGACGCUGACUCCAUCUGAUGGUGAAAACUCCUUGAAUGUGUGCUGAGCCCAGGGAUACAUGAGGCUCCUGAGCAAGCAACCCCUCUCUGGUGACAUAACACAAGGACCUCAGAGAUACAGUGUGGUCGACAUUCCUUAGUCUUCCUCGUGUUGAUUUGUUCUUGAACUUAUAAGCUGUUUCCUCUGAAUCUGAUUGUGGGAUUGUGUUGACAGGCAGGAGAAUAGUCACCUGCUGAGACGGUUCUUGCUCUGCCCAUCAGGCCUCAUCUUAGAAAUGUCACCUCUCCCUGGAGACCUCAGCAGGGCAGCAAGAUAAGCGUCUACUGGACCCUUUUGUUCACUUCUCCAACACCCACUGCCCCAGCAAUAACAAACUGGGAGAAAGCCUUGCCUGGUGAUUUUUCUAGAUGUGACUCUAUAUAAUCUCUGGAACCCUAGACCUUGAGGAUGGUGAAAGAGCCCUCCUCCUCACAGCACAAUCCUUACCUGCCAACGCCAGUGUUAGUGUUGAAAUGAAUACAGUAUGAGUAUUGUGUAGGAGGGUGGUUUGGCAACUCUAGCUGUUAAGAAUAAGCCACCAAAUUUAUGGUAUGCCUGACAGAUUUUAAAUAUUCUUUGGCGCUUGGAAAUCCCUGGUCACGGGGCCCCUGGAGUGUCUCUGUUCUAGAGAGAAUUGGUAGGAUCCCUCAGUGUAGCAUAGCCCUAAGUAGUAGAGGGAAAACUUAAGCCAAUGAACACAAAGGAGAUGAGAGAGGGAUUGUGAGUAGUGGAGUAAACCAUUUGGAAUCUGGUGAAAUGGAUGACCCAGGUGUGCAGCAGCAGAGUCAUCGCAGGGCAUGCAGUAGCACAGCUGUGGUGGCAUGUGCCCCUGUGAACAUUAACAUAACAGGGCUAUACAUCUGCCAGCAGCUGAGGCUAGACAGCCAACUUGGACUUUAUGGGCCAUUCCUCUACAGGCUCACCACUCAUCCCAUGGCCAAGGCAGCUUUCCCUUCUGUGUUUUCUGUGUCCUCAGCCUCCACCUUUCUGCCACCCACAUGGACAAGGACAAUGGGAACAUGUAAGGCCGCAUACCCUGACCAGCCACUGAUUUUCACUGUUGUGAAAGUGAUUUGACUUAGAAUUAAAUGGUUUUACAUUACUGUGAGUG